AUGGCCUUCGUCCUCCAGGAAAUGGAAGAUCGAGCAUACGUCGCCCGAAACGCCAUCGGACAGAUCGCCCCAGAUGUUGCUGGAGAAGCAUGGCUCAAGGAAUUCCGGCAAACACCAUUCGGCGCACAUACAAGAUCGAAAGGAGGAGGCACCACAAGCUAUCUGUUGAAGGAGCUGUGA